AUGCGAUGCUUAGAAUUUUUUAAAUCGCCUCUAAUAAUAUAUGAAGAUGAGAUAAAUAGUGUCGUGUGGUGUAGUGAUGUGUUAGUGCCAAACAUGGAACCAUCUCUGCCGCUAGAGGAGGACGAGGGCAGGCCCCAGCAAGGCUCGACUGGCAGCGGCUCGUCCUCUGGUACAGGCUACUAUGGACACAAAAACGGU